AUCUUAUUAAAGUUAGUUAGGGUUUCUUUUCAAAAGAAAAAAAGAUCAAUUUUAAAUUUAAAAGCUUACAUUUUUUUUCGCAUUGACUAUAUUUUAUCUGUAUAUAUAUAUGUAUUUUCCUCAUCGUAAGAGUAAGAAAAUUUCAUUAUAAAUAAGUGAGAAACUUUUUCAUUAAACAAGUUAAAUUCUAGAAAGAAAUAAAAUAAAAUAAACAAGUUAAAUCUCGAAGUAAUAAACGAUGGAAAAUUCAGUUUUUGAUAAAGACUUUGAAAAGAAAUCAGUUUUUGAUUUUGAUGAAGAAGUAGAAAAGAGUGUAAACCCUAAUGCACCUAAAUGGAUUAGGGGUCCACUCCUUGCAAAAGGAGGAUUUGGUUCGGUUUUCUUAGCCGAAAUGAUUGAAACAACACAUGUUCUAAGGGGGCGUGCACGCUUUCAUCAACCUAUAGUUGUCAAAACUACGUUAUUUUCUAAGGGUGAACUCGUUAAUGAGAAGAAGAUUCUAGAUCUUUUCGUAAAUUGUCCUUUUAUUAUUCAGUGUUAUGGAGAUGACACAACAAUUAGCAUUCUUGAUUGUGGUAAUGGCAUUGAUAAAGAAGUUACAUUGUAUAAUGUGUUCUUGGAGUACGCUUCGGGUGGAACAUUGUUUGAUUUCAUUAAGGAUUCUCCGCUUUACAAUGAGUCCAAACAAAUCAAACAAUUCUUACAAGAGAUUUUAAUAGGUGUUAAGUGUAUUCACGAAAAAGGAAUUGUUCACUGUGAUCUAAAAUUAGAGAAUAUACUAUUGGUCAAAGAGCGAGAAGAAGAUAAUAUUUUUGUGGCUAAAAUUUGUGAUUUCGGGUUGUCGAAGAUGUCGGGUGAUUGGAUGACUCCCAUUCAAGGCACUAAGGCGUAUUGGGCACCAGAGUGUGUAAGUGAAAACCCAAUUCAAGAACAAUACUCAGAUAUUUGGGCAAUUGGUGUAAUGGUUCUCUAUAUGUUAACAAAAAAAUUAGAGUGGAGUGAAGAAUUAAGUAAGCAUAUUUCUGAAGAGGCAAAGGAUUUUUUGAUGAGGUGUUUCGAAACUAAUCCCCUUAAGAGACCAUCAGCAAAGAUGCUUUUAGGUCACCCAUUCGUUACUGGGAAAAAAAUUAUAAAAAAAAAUUAUCGUUCGAAAAUUUGAAGAUUUUAUAGAUGAUGAGAAGAUGUGAAGAGAAUUUCAAGAAUUUUAAGUUAGAUGAUCUCUUUUGUAAUUUUAUUUUAUACAAUUAUAGUGAUACUGUGUAAAAUUUAUUUAUAAUUUUUUACAUGAUUUUUUUUAAUUUGUAGUCAUAAUUUUU